CGGUUGCCAUGGCGCCCGCGGUCACAAUCCGGGGGCCCGGCCUCUCCACCUGCCCGCUCCCUCCUCCCAAGUCCGGAGAAGGGGGCCCCCAGCCCCUGCGGGGCCCAGACACCCACGGAGUCGCCCCGGCUUCUGGGCAGUCUGAGGCGGAGGCCGCUUCGGGACAAGCCAGGACCCCCCCGUCCUGUGCAUGAGCGCGGAAGGAGACGAUGAACGAGGUCAAAGAGUCCCUGCGCGGCGUGGAGCAGAAGUACAAGCUGUUCCAGCAGCAGCAGUUCACCUUCAUCGCGGCCCUGGAGCGCUGCAGGGAGAGCGCCCACGACAAGAUCCGGCCCAUCUCCAGCAUCGGACAGGUGCAGAGCUACAUGGAGCACUACUGCUACAACGCCACGGACCGGCGGAUCCUGCUCAUGUUCCUGGACAUCUGCUCGGAGCUGAACAAGCUCUGCCAGCGCUUUGAGGCCCUGCACGCCGGCACCCCCGUCACCAACAACCUGCUCGAGAAGUGCAAAACCCUGGUCAGCCAGAGCAACGACCUGAGCAGCCUCAGGGCCAAGUACCCGCACGACGUGGUGAACCACCUGAGCUGUGACGAGGCCAGGAACCACUACGGGGGCGUGGUCAGCCUCAUCCCCAUCGUCCUGGACUUAAUGAAAGAGUGGAUCGCCCACUCGGAGAAGCUGCCCCGCAAAGUGCUGCAGCACGUGAGUGAGCCCCCCGCACGCCAGCAGGCCACCAGGGGGGCCGCUUGUCCUGCUCAGGCCGCGGGCACCCAGCUCUGGUUCAGAAAACUCAAGUGUAGGCAACUGGCGAAGGACAGCCUCAAAUCUAGGGGGGAAGGCCAAGGCGUCUCAAAGCCCCCCUGGCGACCACCUGGUGGGAAGCUGUAGGUCGAGCCGGGGGCCUGCUCCAGCCGUGGGUGCUCUGUGAAUUAACCUGCUCUCCUUCCACCCACGGGCCCUACCGCUAACCCCCAAGGGGCCAGUACGUCACAGAGAAUCUCUCCCCUCCUGAGUGGGAGGCUCGGUGCUGAUGAAGAGGAUCCCCACUGAACACACUGCAGGUGGUGCCCCGGCCGCGCCGUGGGUGGAGGGUGUCCCAGGAAGGCUGCUGAAGAAGGCACAGAGCCCCAGGGCCUCUGGGAGCCGCACCCUCCACCCACCAGGCGGUGGGCCGCAGCUUCCCCUCUGGAGCCGUCACACUGGAGACCCCCUAGUCCCCCGCACCCGGCAGCCACAGCCGCGGGAAGGCUCAGGCUCUCCCUGCCAGGCGGGGCCGCGUGUGUGUCUGGUUCCCUGGCCCAGCGUGAAGGGGAUGAGCCCGUCUUUCCCGCUGCUUUUCCUGGGAGAGGGAGACCACGACGGAAGCCAGGGCUCCGAGCCUGCGGCUCCUGGGCGAGAGCUGGUCUUCGCGGUGUGACCGAGACCCAAACACGGUGACGCGCCCCUGGCCCCUGGCCCUGCCAGACGGGGCUGACUGUUGGUUUUUCCCUUCACAGGGGACGACUUAGCUUCUGUAUUGUUGCUUCUUCGGGGGGAGACAGUCAAGAAUAAAAAGUGUUGUACCACC